GCCUGUGCCUGUGCCUGUGCCUGUGCCUCUCCGUCUAAAAUAAAACAAAAUAAUAUAAAUAUAUAAUUGGUUUUUUUAAUUUCCCUACUGCAAAAACAAAACAGAAUAUCAGAAUUUUUGGCUACAGUAUGUGUCGGCCCACAUCUCCUUCCUUCCCUUCUCUCCCUCAACAACAUAUAUCUAAAUCCCACUACUAACUCUCAAAGGAAUCCAAUUUUCUUCUCAGAGGAACACUAUCAUUGGAACACUGGCUUUUGGACUAUGGAAAUGUUUGCUUGUUGAUGUCGAGAUCAUAUAAAGGUGAUCCAGAACCAUAUGAUAGUACCAAAAAAGGGCUGUGUUUGUUGGAGCUAAGACGCAACGGGAUGGUGCAGUGGGGUGUUUGUGGGCGAGUUGCAUCAGUUGACCAGCAUGACGGAAAUAACCCGCAAAUUUCAUCCUCCGUUGUCAAAGAAGAGCAAAAAGAUGAUGAAGAAACUGCAACAGCAGUAUCUGUUGUGUUGCCCAAGCUGCGGAAGAGGAAAAACAUUAGUUAUUGCCAACCUAAAGAAGCUAGAGCUGCAAAAUGUUCAAAUCAAACUCAGAUUAGCACUAAUAAGCCUAUUAAGCAUGCAAAUUCCGUCCCUUGCAAAAAAGAGAAUUCUACAUCCAGCAAAAAGCAGAAUUUUAUAGACAGAUGGUCCAUAGAGAGGUAUAAGCUGGCAGAGAAAAGUAUGUUGGAGGUCAUGAAGGCUGAAGGGGCUGUGUUUGAGAAUCCCAUUUCCCGGCCGGUACUGAGAGUGGCAGCUCGUAAAUACAUUCCUGACACUGGACUCUUGGACCACCUACUGAAGCACAUUGACGGUAAGGUAGCUCCAGGUGGCACUGACCGCUUUCGCCGUUGUUUCAACACUGAAGGGAUAAUGGAGUAUUGGCUGGAGAGUGCUGACUUGGUUAAAAUUAAGCGUGAGGCUGGGGUGCCCGAUCCAACUUGGGUUCCUCCAGCUAGCUGGAUGCAUGGUGGUGUUGCUAUUCGAGAGUCUGUUUCUGCUGGAGAAUUGACCCUUCUUAAAGAGGAAAUAGCAAAACUGAAGAGGGAUAUGGAUGAGCUGUCAUCGAAGAACCAAGAGCAAAAUCGGGUUAAUCCAGUCGAGGAGAUGCACAAGGAAUUGAUGAAAUGGAGAAGUAAGACUGAUGAGCACCUGCUGGAGAUUUCAAGUUCUUUGCGCGGUAUACAGGACAUGUACCGGGAAUUGAUGACAUGGAAGUCCAAGACUGAACAACAGCUUAUGGAAAUGUCACAUUCACUGACCAGUAUGCAGGCUCCAAAAAAAUGCACCACCUUCAGCCCAGUUUCUGAGAGAUGGGAGGACUGGUUGGAGAGUACCAACUUGGAUACUAUUCAGGGGGAGGACUUUGCACCAUGGUUAGGGAGCACUGAUCUCGUUAACGUUGGGAAAGAUAAUGCAGUGCAGGAAUGUUCAGCACCACAACCUUGGAUGAAACAAUGUGAUAGUCCCUCUCAGGGACCUGUUUGUGCUAGAGAGCUGGAAUUGCUCAAGGAAGAAAUGGCAAAAGUGAAAAGGGAUGUACAAGACCUGCUACCGAAGAGGGCGGAAGAUGCUCAAGCUAGUGUCACGUCUGUCUCAUUUGCUAGUAACAAUUAUAAGUUUGAUCUCGACAAUCCAUUUGUUCUUUUUCAGGAAAUGUUCAAGGAGCUGGUGAAAUGGAAGGCUAAGAUGGAGGAGCAGAUGCUGGAGAUAGCGAAUUCUGUUAAUACGAUGCAGGCAUCAAAGCAAUAUAAUACUAGCUGAAGCACAUAAGGAGAGGAUAGGAUGUUAGUUUAGCUGUCCUAUAGUUUUAGAGAAGAGUAGCUGUCUCUAUAGUAGUAGGAUUAAUAUAUUUUGUACAGGUUUUACUGGCUGACAUAGGAGCUGCCGGUUUAGAAUUAUGGAACCAUUGGAAAGACAUGUGAGCAUUGUGUUCAGUCUUGUAAUGAAACUUACCCACACCCCAAACUUACCCACAUCGUGAGCUGCUGCUGCUGCUAUGGAUGAAGAAACUGGUGAUGUUUUGUGUUAGUAAAUGUGAUAUCAGCCUGACUGAAUGAUAUUAAGUAGGCAUAUGUUAAUUUAAGAUUAAAACCCUUUGAUAUUGUAAUAUACAGCAAUAUUAAUUUAAUUUUAAUUUUAAUA